UUGACAGAGAAACAAUUUCGCAUUUAAUAGAAUUUCUGUUCCAACUAGCGGCAUCCAGCCUUUCUGUGAAGGAGAAAGUAAAGACAUGGGUCCGUACACUGUUCACGUCAGUCAUAUGAAUGCGUGAAACUGGCACAGGCGACCGAUGGCGUUAUGGCUGCAACGCUUUAGUUCUCUGUCGAUCAAUGCUAAAGUGAGCGAAACGCUGAGUCGGUGCGCUAGAGAUACCGCGAGCCAAUUAUAGCAGAGGCCACACCAGUCAGUCCUAGCAGCACAUUCAAGACGGUUUCCUGAUUGUUUCAACGUAUACACAGCCUUGAGUGGAGAUCACUGUGUUCGGAAAUUUCAUUCUAUGAGAGGAUUUCCACUGAAGAUUGCCAGAAGACAGCGGGAUGAUGUGCACGUGUCGGGCCUGGCUCGUGAUGCUUCCAGCUCUACUCACAACUCUGCCUCGAGCCACAUCGCAAGUCCACAAUGGCCUGAGUAGACGUGAACUGCUUGACCAGAUAUUGAAAAAAUCAACUUAUGAUCCAAGAAUUCCUCCUGAUUACGAAAGAGAUGAGCCCACGAAUGUUACUCUCCAGAUCCACAUACUCAGCUUUGACUCCAUCAAUGAAGGGUCGAUGGAUUAUUCCAUCAACAUAUAUCUACGGGAAAAAUGGACCGACAGUCGCCUUGCCUUCAUGAACUACACAAAAUCUGAUUGGCUCGAACUGGAUACCCGGAUGUUAGAUCAUGUUUGGGUCCCAGAUGUAUAUUUCCAAAAUGAAAAGAAGGCUGCUUUCCAUAAUGUUACAGUUCCCAACAGGCUCAUACAUCUGUACAGGAACGGCACAGUUAAUUACAGUCUAAGGCUAUCCAUGACGUUGAGCUGCCACAUGUUUCUGGCCCGCUACCCGAUGGACUCUCAGAGUUGUCCCAUUAUUAUUCAAAGUUAUACCUACACGACAGACAACGUGGUGUUCGCCUGGUCCCCCUUUAACCCCAUUACGACCAAUACAAACAUGGAGCUGCCGCAAUUUAAUUUUCAGAAAUAUGAGAUAGUGGACUGCCGUGACGUUUAUGAAAAAAGAUUCGCCUGCAUAAUGGCCAACUUCAAACUGAAAAGAGACAUGGGGUAUUUCAUCCUUCAAGUGUAUGUGCCUAGUGUUCUAAUAGUAAUUCUGUCGUGGAUAUCUUUCUGGAUAGACAUUGGAGCUGUCCCUGCUCGAAUUUCAUUGGGUGUUCUCACAGUCCUCACCAUGACGACCCAGAGUUCCGGUGCGCAGUCGUCACUUCCGCGUGUAUCGUAUGUCAAGGCUAUCGAUGUCUGGAUGUCGAUAUGUUUGUUCUUCGUCUUCACGGCUCUAUUGGAGUAUGCUUAUGUUAAUGUGCAAUCAAGACGGGCUCAAAACCACCCUGAAAGAUUUACAAACAAGAAGCCUGAUAUGAGCAAAUUACCGCCAUCAGAAAGUGACAACGAAAUAACCACCAAGGUUCGGAAGUCAUUUUUAGCAGCUCGUCAGUUGGACAAAUAUUCACGAUGGAUCUUCCCUGUGGCGUUCAUAGUUUUUAAUAUAAUUUAUUGGUGUAUAUAUCUACACGUUGAAUGAAAAAGGCCCUAUCUGUUCUCUUGAGUGUAAAGUGGGUUGUUUUCACGUUUGAUUGUACAAUGUAUGCACAGCAGUGUAGGUACCAUGUUAACGUCAUCUCGUGACACAUUUUAUUUAAACUUUACACAUUUUUAAUAUAAAUAUUUUUUUACAAAUCUCUACAUUGAGUGUUGUGAAGGUUAUGGAUACACAUAUGCUGUGUAUAUAGUAUUGAUACUAUAAAUAUCGAUUAUCGUCGCAAUAUUAAUGUACGUAAUAUAUUGAUUAGUAUUGCCUUUCAUACAAUGCAUAUAUAAUACAUUACAUGAGACAAUAGUAUUAUACGUACUUGUAAUUAAUUUAGGAAUCGAAAUUAAGGUUUUAGAAGUCACACAUCCUCAUGACUUGAUUUCUUAAACAUGUUUAUUAUGUGCGGCAUUUUAAAAUGUAAUGGCUGUACAUUAUUUGUACAUGAUACUGUCCCAUUUCCGUCACGCUGAAAGCGACCAGGUUGAUAGAAUUCAGCGACAACAGUCGGAGCACAUAUUUCUUAAAGUAUCUCUCGUUCUUGCUUCAACAAGCUUAUGCUUUUUUUUUAAACAGACAAACUUUAUCUAUUAUAUGUUGUUAUUUUCUGUUUGUUACAUGAAUAAUGAUAUCAAAUUCGUCUGUUAAAGGCGGCAAAGAUAAUUUGGUAUGUUGUGAAUUUUUAAACCAAUUUUUUCGAAGGCAAUUUUCAUUUGUUUAUACAAUUACAAGUGCCUGUGGCCUUUAAUCGGUACACUUGCUAUUUCUCUGGAGAGAAGUUGUGUAUGUUCCGCUGAUCAUACGAUCUGUUGAUAUUGAUGCUUAUCACUAGCUACAAAGUCAGCUAUUGACCCCCUUAUGUGAAGUCAUGACACUAUAGAUUUCAGUAUUAAUCGUGCUGGAGAUAGAUUUCGACAUUAACUCUGGUUCAUGAGUGAUGCAAAGUUUGAAACAAUAUAUGUGAGUAAUGGUGGUUACCCCUUGUAAUAAGUCAAAUAUGUAUUCAUGCAUUCCAGUAAAGACCACCCUCUGUUUGUACCGAUCGUAUAUUUAAACUUGUGCAUUUUAGGAUACAUGUAUUGAAAAAUAAUGAAACUAUUGGUGAAUAUGACACUGAUCUGAGACGCAAGUUAAACCCAAUGAUCAAUAACGUUCAUGCUAAGCACCCUCCAUGUACAUUGCACCCAUUCCAUCACAAGUAUGUUCAAACACUACUAAUGUUAGUAAUAUAUGAACGACCCGUGACAUUUGUUUUUAUCAUUUCCAUUGUGGGUAUGGUUAUAUUUGAGACAACCUGGGGGCGGUCGGGUAGCCUAGUGAGUGGUUAAAGCUUUCGCUCGUCACGGCGAAAACCCGGGUUCGAUUCCCGACAUGGGUACAAUGUGUGAAGCCCAUUUCUGGUGUCCCCCGCCGUGAUAUUACUGGAAUAUUGCUAAAAGCGGCGUAAAACCAUACUCACUCACUCAGUGAGACAACCAAUGUUUUUUUAGAGAAUCGUACUGUAUUUAUCGUCAAUAAGACAGACAUUUUCUUGUAUGUACUUUCAAACAUGGAGAUUUUUUUGUGGAUGUCUCUACAGAAAUUAUAGAUUUUUGAAAAUGCAAACAUGCGCAGAAAAAUUAUUUAACUGAUGUGAAUAUCUUUAGCACAAUUUAGAUGCAGCUCACGCAGGUGAAUGGUUGAAGUUGGAUGGCACAAAAAGUACCAAACGUUAUGGAUUAAAUAUACAAUGUUCCUUAAAUGUCAUGGAAGAUGAACUUCAAUUUUUGCUUAUAUGCUAUAAAUAUAAUAAUUUAGGGAACAAAAAUAUUGAACAAAAGUACUGAGGAUAUCCAAAAAAUACAAAUAUAUCUCUGUAAUGUCACAUGAGUCACCUGUGUCACUAUACGAAAUAUAUCUCUAUUUAUAUAUCAUGCCAUGUUGUUAAGAAAUGAAUUUUUGUAAAAUGUAAAUCGCUUCCACACUGCCAUGUAUUCUGUUCUAUGUGCCCAUGGCCUUACAGUUAAAUAUGAAUAUACUUAAUUGUAUUAUUUGCAUUCUUUCCGAAAUAAAAUCUCUUGAAUACGAA